AACGCCACACUUUCUCUCACUUUCUCGUCGACCUUUCUACUUUCUAGUUAUCUCUUAGCUUUCUGCUUUUCUGUUUCUUGCUAACCAAACAGAAAAUAAGCUGCAGAGGAAAAAAGAGAGAGAGAGAUUAGAAAUGGCGUGCUUUGUGCCUUUCAACAGUAAAAAUUUGGACAUAAGCAUGUUUGUGUUCAGGCCAACAAUUGUGUUCGUCGAUGACCUUCUUAAUGCUCUCAAGCAAUUCUCUGUGUGCACUGAGUCUCUUGGUUGUGUUCAAAGUUCCAUCUUGCAGAGCAUCCAUGGAAAUAUGUUCAUAUGGUUUGGAGCGUGGCUGAAGAGAUCAUGUGAAAACAAAGAUUCAUUGACUGCAAGCCUUCUCUCAAUGUUAACGAAUUUAUCGAACAUGGCUAUCUUACUCGAUCACUCCUUCUUCGACGCGUAUGCUGGAGAAUCAAGUGACGGUUCUUGUGCAGCAAAAUUUCGCAGAGGUGACACAGUAUCACUGAGCACAGCCCUCAUCAACGGCGGUGACAUAAACAACGUCUCUUACGCAUGCUUAGCGUUGUUCAGGUCGGGUUUUCAAAGGAUGCAAGGCGUGACAGCCGGUGUUUGUUUGAAAUGCCAAACCGGGCCAAGAAUUGCUUCUCUCUUCGUGUGGAAGUCUCUGCACUAUUGUUACUCAUGGAUUCUAAAUUCCGACCAAAGAAAAGCAAUGCUGCCCUAUCUCGAAAGCGUCUCGAUUGAGAUUAAGUACGACAUUUUUCGAGUAGUCUAUGUCAGCGGCGACAGUGAUAUCAACCUGCAGGUCUUAUAUCCUCCUCAUCAGAUGUUAGAACCAGCUGCAUGCGAAAACAAAGAAGGGCAGCUCAUGCAAAGUACUUCCAUAGUAUAAUCGUACGACUGAAUUGAAUUAAUAUAUAUAUAUAUAUGAUGAUGAUGAGUGUAUUAUCUGGCCAUCGAUCAUAUCAAUUUUUUUGUAAACCUACAUAUAUUUAUAAAUAAUAUGGCCAAAUCGGAUAAAUGAUCCAUGUGAUCAUAUGCUAUUCGGAAGAUA